AUGAACUCACCAUUGAUGAUUUGCAAGAUUUUGGAACAAAGUAUGCCCGUCAAUAUGGAAUCGAAAAAUUCCACAAUGACCUGGACUACAUAUCAUCCAUUGGCUGAUAUUUAUGAUUGGUUAGAUUCAUUGGUCAUUGAUAAUAUGUUGACCAUUGGAAUGGAUUUCGUAAAACCCACUGGUUUCUCUAACUCCUCUGGUAUUUGCUACGGUACCGAUAUGAAUCGUAACUUUGGUUUUAUGUGGGGAGGUGCUGGUCACAACUUUGAUGUACCCUGUGAUCACUGGUAUGGUGGUGCUGCCCCCGAUACCGAACCUGAGGUCUUGGCUUUGCAACAUUUUGUCAACUCCUUCCCUGAGGGUUACAUUCGCAUGUAUUUGGCUUUCCAUGCCUUUGGCAAUUUCGUCUUGUUGCCCUAUGGCCAUUCCAAUACUGAAUUCCCACCCAACUAUGAUCAAAUGAUGCGCAUUGCCAAUGCCUUUGCUGAUGCUGCCCAAGUGAAAUAUGGAACUGAAUUCUUGAGUGGCGCUAGUGGUCUUUUGAAUUAUCCCGUAUCUGGUUCCGCCAAAGAUUGGGCCUAUGGUGUCAAGAAAAUUCCCUUCACUGCCACCAUUGAAUUGCGUGAUGAUGGUUCCAAAUAUGGUUUCUUCUUGCCUGCCUCUCAAAUCUUGGAAGUAUGCGCUGAAGUCACUGAUGGUUUGGUGGAGUUGGUUCGUAAGGCCCGCGAGGAGGGUCUUUUCAAUUAA